AUUGAGGUCACACAUGAAGCGUCAGUUCACACACACUUGCUGAAACUCGGGGAUCGAUCACACUGAUUGAUCAUCAUGGUGUUCCUCACGCUCUCCUGCUGGAUCCGGAACCGCGGACCCGACCGAUACUGGAAGGUGCAGGAGCUGCUGAAGAACGCGCGGCAUUUCCGCGGCAGGAAGAGCCGCUGCUACAGUCUGGCGGUGCGUGCGGUGCGCAGGGCCUUCGUUUACGCCAGCAAAGCACGGAAAGCCAAGAGACGCAGCAUGAGACAGCUAUGGAUCACACGGAUCGCCGCCGCCACCAGAGAACACGGCCUGAAGUAUCCAGCUCUCGUACACCAGCUGCUGAAGUGCAGUGUUCUGCUGAACAGGCGUAUGCUGUGUGAUCUGUCCAUCACGGAGCCGCGCUCCUUCCUCUCUCUGAGCAGGCUGGCGCGGGCGCGGCAGCAGGAGGGUCUGAGGGCGGCGCUGGGGUCCGGAGCAGAGCCGCCGGGGGUCUUCUCACGUAUCACUCAACUACACUGAGCUGACCCCAGACCUGCGCUACACACACAUAUGCACAUGUGCUGCUGUGUGUGUCCUGUAAAUAAGUGUCUGUGUGUGUGUGUGUGUGUGUGUGUUCAUGAUGUCAAUUAAACAUGUUCUUAUUUAA